AUGGUCCAACAUUUUGUUAAGCAGAUGCAAUCUGAGCUUGAAAUGAGUUUGGUAGGUGAAUUAACUUACUUUCGUGGACUUCAAGUCAAACAGAUGGAAGACUCCAUAUUUCUUUGUCAAAGCAAAUAUGUAAAGAAUAUUGUGAAGAAAUUUGGAUUGGAGAAUACUAGUCACAAAAGAACUACUACUCCUACACACUUGAAGUUAUCUAAAGAUGAAAAGGACAUUAGUGUUGAUCAAAGUUUAUAUAGAAGCAUGAUUGGUAGUCUUCUAUAUCUUACAACAAGCAGACCAGAUAUAACUUUUGCUAUUGGAGUUUGUGUUAGAUAUCAACCAGAACUCAAAGCUGGUAGUGUUGAUGACAGGAAGAGUACUUGUGGAGGAUGUUUCUUUUUGGGAAACAAUUUGGUUUCAUGGUUCAACAAGAAACAGAAUUGUGUAUCCCUAUCUACUGCUGAAGCUGAGUACAUAGCAGCAGUGUUACCAAAGAUGUUGAAACAAUCUUCACCCAAGCACAUGCAUGUCUCAACUGAAAACAUUGAGUCAUCUUCUCCAACUGCUAGGGCAGAUGAACCAUUCUAA